AAUACAGAAAGGGUACUUGAAGCAUUGAAUCUAAUUCAUAGCAAAACCAAAAAAAAAGUUGGUUGAAAAAUUGGAUUCAGAUCAGAGGGCGACGAAAAUCGGUGGAGAGCCAUGGAAUAUCUAGGGAUUGAUGUGAGCUGUGCGGUGGAUUCUCUCCGCCAUCGAAACUUCCCUGACAAGGAGUGUUUGCUCCCUCUCAUUUCCAAGCUCCUCGGCUACGCCAUCGUCGCAGCUUCCACCACCGUCAAGCUCCCACAGAUUUUAAAGAUUCUGAAGCAUCGAAGUGUCAGAGGCCUUAGCAUGAUAUCCUUCGAGCUUGAAGUUAUUGGCUAUACCAUAUCACUGGCUUACUGUCUUCACAAAGGCCUUCCGUUUUCGGCUUAUGGAGAAUUAUCGUUCCUUUUGGUCCAAGCUUUAGUAUUGAUUGCCAUAAUUUACUACUUUUCUCGACCUGUGGGUACGACAACAUGGAUCAGGGCAUUGCUAUAUUGUGCUUUAGCACCCACUAUCUUAGCUGGUCAAAUCGAUCCUCUCCUCUUCGAGGCUCUGUAUGCAUCCCAGCAUGCAAUCUUUCUCUUUGCCAGGAUUCCACAAAUAUGGCAAAACUUCUCUAACAAAAGCACAGGGGAGCUCAGCUUCUUGACUUCUUUUAUGAAUUUUGGAGGUUCAAUGGUUAGAGUAUUCACCAGCAUCCAAGAAAAUGCACCAAAAAGUGUUCUAUUGGGCUAUGCAAUUGGUGUCGCUACAAAUUUUACCCUCUUAAGUCAGAUUGUGAUGUACCAAAAACCUCGGGCUGGGAAAGAGAAGAAAAUGAAAUAGUAGACCUAUACCAGGUUGUGGAUAUCUCUUCAUCCUGUUCAACUCUCAACAGGUGCUGCUGCAUACAGGCCUUACUCAGAAUUUUAUCAGUCUUGAAUCGACUCAUUGAGCAUUACAUUAUUUCAAGUUUCAACUGCUGAUGUGUGGACCAUUUUAAGGUAGCCAAAAGUGCAUAUGUAACAUGUGAAACUUACCGUUUUUAUUUUGGAACCUGAGACUCUUACGGUUAAUUAUUUUGCCUUUGUCUAUCAAGCUAGAAUAUGAAGGAUGCCUGCAGGUUCUUUGUAAGAAUCUCUUCCACAUCAUGAUUGUAAGGCUUAGUUCUAACUUUUUAUUUAUUUUUUAAAUCAUAAAAUGAUGAGUAAAAAUAAGAACUCACGGUAGUUUCUAAUCCUGGUCUUAAUAUGU